GUUCCUCAUUCCGUUUCUCUUUGAUCUUUGCAAACACACACACACAAUGGUGAAGGAUAUGGAGUACUACAAUAUUCUCGGAGUCUCUUCUUCUGCCUCUGAAGACCAAAUUCGCAAGGCUUAUUACCUCAAGGCAAUGCAGGUUCAUCCCGAUAAAAACCCAAACGAUCCUCGUGCAGCUGAAAAAUUUCAGGUUUUGGGUGAAGCAUACCAGGUUUUGAGUGAUCCGGUACAGAGGAAUGCGUAUGAUCAGAAUGGGAAGCAUUCUGUGUCUAGAGAAACAAUGCUUGACCCCAUGGCUGUGUUUGCACUGCUCUUCGGAAGUGAAUUGUUCGAGGACUAUGUAGGGCAUCUAGCUGUGGCAACGAUGGCUUCUUCUGAACUAUCCGAAGAAAGCAAUGACCUUGAUAAAAUGAAUGAAAAGUUAAAGGCUGUCCAAAGAGAAAGGGAGGAAAAAUUGGCAAGGUUUUUGAAAGAUUUCCUUGGUCAAUAUGUUCAUGGUGACCAAAAGGGAUUCUUACAUCAAGCAGAAUCUGAAGCAAGACGGCUUUCUCGUGCAGCCUUUGGAGUUGAUAUGUUACACACCAUAGGGUAUAUAUACUCAAGACAGGCAGCACAAGAACUAGGGAAGAAAGCCAUUUAUCUUGGAGUGCCAUUUUUGGCUGAGUGGGCUCGCAACAAAGGACAUUUCUGGAAAUCACAGCUUACGGCUGCUAAAGGUGCUUAUCAGUUGCUACAGUUUCAAGAAGACAUCUACAAGCAACGUAAAACGGAUGGUAGUGGCCCAGAAAAUGAUAUUGACUCUCAUAUUAAUAAGGAUACAUGGAUGAAUUCUUUGUGGAAGUUAAAUGUGGUGGACAUAGAAGUAACUCUUGCACAUGUGUGCCAAAUGGUGCUGAGGGAACAAAAUGUUAAGAAAGAGGAACUUAAAGUUCGGGCAAAUGCUCUUAAAAUUCUUGGGAAGAUAUUUCAGGAAAAGAAUCCAAAAGUAGAAGAGACAUUGAAGAAGAAAAUCGCUAUAGAUUCUGACGACGAAGGAAGCAGUUCUGAUUCUUCAGAAGAUGAAUCACAUAGAGCUCUUUCCUAUCGAACUCCAUUUUUUACUCAGGGUAUUGGCAGGCUAUUCAAAUGCCUUUGUAAUCCAGCAUUUGAUGUGGACGAUGAAGAGUAG